CAUUGUUUGAGGGUCUUACUCAAUCCAUUCCAUAGUUUGAUUCCACAUACAAUAAAGGCGAUUCUGAUUCUUUUCUCUCUUUCAGAGAACAAUGUAUAUCAGUACCCAAAAACAGCACUAUGAUAAAGACAUGGUGCCAUUCGAUCAACGAGUUGAGGUGGGUUCCUUUUCAAUUGACUCAGAGGGUAGAUUCAGACAUGACAGGAGUCAGUUGAAAUACUAUGUGGAACCCGACCAAGCCCCGCAUUUUGACCUGAGGGACGGCUACAAUGACCACUACGUUGAGUCAGAUGAGAGUCAGAAGUUCUGUAUGAAUCGCAUCCUCCGGUGGAUCUUGGCCAACAAGGAAUCAUCAGAUUGCCUCAGAGAUGUUGACUUUGUGACAUCCCGCGGCCGCUUGACUAAACUGCUGACUACUCCAUAUGACAAGGCGUCAAGCUGGUCGCUUGCUGUCACCAAGUUCCGAGGAAUCUUUUACAUCAAUGAAAUAGAGCGAGAAGCAGCUCGUGAAAAUAGACUUUGCCGCACCGACAAUGAGAAGAGGCUUAUAUACAGCAGGCAAAACUUUCACAAGUACUUGUGCUCAGAUGAAAUUGACAGUCCACCGGAUUCCAAUGGCGUGGUUAACUUCAAUGAGGCCUUCUUCUCCGUGGUCCAAUCUUGCCUCUCAAAUCACAGCCUCCUGUUCUGCGGCUUGGUGGACUGCAGGGAUAAAAAUCCCGGUGCUUUGAAUCCACCAGCCUGCUACUUUAACCUGAAGACGACUAAAAAAGAUCAGUUUUUGCUCCUCAAGUGGUGGGCACAGUCCUUCCUUCUUGGGGUCCCUCGCAUCAUCACAGGCUUCCGGAAUGAUGACGACGUUGUUGUGUCCAUGAAGACUUAUGAAGUCAGCGAUAUUCCAGGGCUUGUACAGGGUGAGGUCAACUGCUUCUGCAGCGACUUCCUGUCUUUUGUCAAGAGCGUGGCAACUGAAGACAAUCCGCGUGUGGUGUACAGGUUCCUCAGACCAUGUUGUUCCGAUGUGAUCUGCACAGUAUACAAGGACUCUUCUUAUUCUUUCCUACCAGACUGGUACGUGAAGGAAAUGAUCUAAAAGAUCAUUGCACACAUCAGUACUCAUUUAUGCUUAGCAUGAAAUCAUUGGGCCUCAUCUAUUAAUCAUCUGUGGCUCACUCUCCUGGAAGGGGUACCAAAAGCGUGACGUAGCAAGCUAAAUUGAAAGCUAAUUACUCACCAAUCAGCAUCUUAAACUAAAGUAGCACUUUAAUAUAUAUAUAGGGCUAUAUCUAUCAAUAUAAAAUGCUUUAAACUAGUCACAAACAAGCCCCCAAAUGGCUUCAAAUUUUGCACGUAUUACCUUACA